UACCCGUGCGAGAUUUGCAAGAAGACCUUUACUCGCCCGUCGUCGCUGAGAACACACAUGUUCACACAUACUGGCGAGAAACCGCAUGACUGUGUGUUCCCUGGAUGUGGAAAAUCCUUUUCAGUCCGGAGCAACCUUCGCCGGCAUAUGAAGAUC